GUUGUGACUUCUCUUGCCCUGAUUUCCCAGGUGCCCAGAGAGAAGCCAGCCAUGCCCUUGCCCCCAUAGCCAGCUCACAACCCCUGCCUGACUCAGCUAUUCUGCUACCGAAAGCCGAGCAGAUUCCUCCCUAGAAGAGAAGAUCUAGAGAGCAACUCAGCUUUUCUGCUGUAUGAAACAGAGCCAAGACCCUGCUGCAGGAAGGGAUCUCUCGCCUAGAGUGACUCUGCACUUCUGCUCUUUAACGCAUAGCAGACACCUCGCUGAGAGGUGGGAUCUGUCUCGACUCUCGCAGACCGUGGCAGAGCCUGUGAUUCGGUAGCAAUGGCCACUGGCGACAAAUACACGAUUAUACGCACCAAACGCAAAGAGCUGAUAGGAAUCAUUCAGAGAGACCCCGAGAGCGUCUUAGAUGAGUUACUAGCUCAGUCCGUCAUCACAGAGGAAGAGUACGACAGCGUGAACCAGCUACAAGACAAAGUGGCCCAAAUUAGGAAAUUGCUGAUUUACAUACAGAAAAGGGGGGAGUCGACCUGCCGAGACUUUCUGGAGUGUUUAGAAAUUUUAUUCCCAGGCACAAAUCGGCUUUUGCAACCUUCAGAAUACGAUUUUUUCAACCCAGAGCGAGAUUCACGCACUGUGCGAGACCCAGAACCAAGGGAGAGAGAUUUUUUCAAUCCAGAGCACCAUACAGAGCUGAAGGAUGAAGAUGGUUUCAAUCCAGAGCAGGAAUCAGAGACUCAGGAAGACCCAGAGCCAAAGGAGAAAGAUGAUUUCAAUCCAGAGCCCGAUCCACAGCUGGAGGAGGAAGACAGUUCAAAUCCAGAGAAGGAAUCAGACAUUGAGCCAGACCUGGAGACGGGUGGUUCCGAUUUGGAGCAGGAAUCAGAGACUCGGCAAGAUCAAGAGCCCGAGGAGGAAGAUGGCUCAAAUCCAGAGCAAGAAUUAGAGACGGAACCAGACCCUGAGCCAGAAGGUUCAAAUUCAGAGCAGGAAUCGGAUACUCAGUGAGACCUAGACCCUGGUGGGAGAAAAACCAUGUCUCAAAAGGAACAUCCUCAUAGGUGAUUCAUUCUAUAUCCGUAGAGUCUACUUUGACUGCCAUGGGCUGCCCUUUGAGUUCCAACCGCUUAUAACCAUUAAUUCACUCCAAGAGGCCACCGACGGAGAAGAGCAAUUCCCUUGCUGUUGCCAGGAUUGCGUUGUUAACUAGAAGGGGGAUCCCUGUGUAGCGCUGUGCAUGAUCAUAGCAGCACUGCGAUUUCUUCAUCCAUCGGGACGUGGGGUUUGGGAACGUCCCUCGGGAAACCGCAGAUGGGCUGAUUGAGAUUUUCUAGUAUUUCCCUGCUGGGAGGGAGAAUUCAAAUGCACCCGUGUGAACUAUCCCAUCCAGCACAAAUGGUCAGGGCGCAGGCAGGAGAAGUGGGAGGCCACAACUGUUUCUCUAAUUGUAGCUCUUGCAAUUGGCAUCCAAGCCUUUGUCACUUUGCUGUUAGACCCGGUUGGACACGGCAGCUGUUGCAGAAUUAGGCAGCUAAGCAGGGUGUCAUUUCACGAGCCAAACCUGUGACCAAUAAUAGCUGCCAAUUGGUUCCCAGAUUGACUUGAAGAUCUUGGUUAAACUACCAGGUGGCGUAAGACCUACCUAUUAAUAGCUGCUUCUCUCUCUGUGAUAUCUGCUGUCAUGUCCACCCUCUGCCUAGGUCCUUUCUCAUCCACUGAGCUGGGAAGCUCAGAUGCGUUCUGCAGCGGUUCCCUUGCUUGUUCAACGGUGGUGAAUCUUUCCUCUCCAGGGCCUCGUUCUUAUCUCUUCUUGCUGCUUCCUUGUAUUUUACCAUCACUCCCUAGAUGCAGCCCCCUUGCACUUUCUUCACUGGAUGCCAAUGGCCCAAAUACCCAUUUUAUUAGCCCCUUCUGAAGCCCUUCAGCAUCCAGCUCACCCAAAAAACUGGGUGACACUAGACAAUUUUCCCAUCUCCCUCUUCAUCCCAUUAUUCCCAGCCUGUAAUAAAUAUAGUGAAUAACUCCAGCCCUGGUAUUGAUCUCACCCCUGGAUGUGGGGUUGCGUCUUCAAACCAAUUCGAUUAUUUGCACUCACUGCUCCUAUGGAGGGUGUGGAGGGGUCGAGGACAAGCUCCAGAACUGCUCAAUGCACAGUGGCAGUCAAAAAGGCUAACAAUAUGUCAGGAACUAUUAAGAAAGAGAUAAAAAAAUAAGACAGAAAAAUAUCAUCAUGCCACUGCACAAAUCUGUGGGUUCAGAAAAGAGCAACCAAGAUGAUCAAGGAUAUGGAAUAGCUUCCACACGAGGAGAGACUAAAAAGAUUAGAGCUGUUCAGCUUACAAAACAGACGACUAAAGGCGGAUAUGAUGGAGGUCUAUAAAAUAAGGAAUGGAGUAGGAAAAGGGAACAGAGAAGUGUUAUUUACCCUUUCCUACAACACAAGAACCAGGGAUCACCCAUGGAAAUUAACAGGCAACAGGUUUAAGAUAAACAAGAGCAAGUGCUUUUUCCACGCAACACACAAUUAACCUGUGGAACUCAUCGCCACAGGAUGUUGUGAUGGCCAAAAGUAUAACUUGAGUUAAUUUAAAAAAACCAGCUGGAUAAGUUCAUGGAGGACAGGUCCAUCAGUGGUUAUUAGCCAAGCACAAUCUCAUGCUUACAGCCACCCUAAACUUGUGACUGCAAGAACCCAAGAGUGGAAGACAAAGGUGGAUCACUCCAUAGUUGCCUUAUUCUGUUCUCUCCACGAAGCUCUGUUACUGGCCACCAUCAGAGACAGGAUACUGGGCUAGAUGACCUUUGGUGUGACCCUCUAAGGCAACUCUUAUGUUUCUUAUGUAACCUCCCUUCUCUGAUGGGUGCAAACCUUCUUCUGAUCUCCUGCCUCAGUUUAUUCCUGGCCAGUUUAUCCUCAUUUGUUCUUGGGCUGACACUGUCUUUUAGCUUCAGUAGCUCUUCACCCUCGCUGGUGUUUGACCCACUAAGUAUGGGAUUUCCAGGGCAGUAUGUUGGAGAAGACAAUUUCAACACAUUUCUCCAUUGUCAAAAGAGCUGGAGUGGAAAGCCAACAAGGCUGAAUGGAUCUAACUGUGAAACAAUGGCACAGCCAUCAGAGGGGCAUUAUCUUAGGGAGUGUGUACAUGAGGAAAAUAAUUCAGAUUAAGGUAGGGUGUGAAUUUAAUAGCAGAAUAGCUAUUCCUUAUUAACUGCAUGUGUGGACACACUUAUUCUGGAAUAAGGUACCCUUGUUCCAGAAGAAGCGUACUCCCACAUGGAGUGAAACUGGAAUAGUUAAUCAGGAAUAACUCCAUGUGUAGACAAGCCAUAAAUCCAAAUGGGGAGCAAUUUAGGAAUAGCUAUUGAGGUUCAUGUUCCCAUAUAGACAAGCACUGAGAUGCUUUCCUUAUCUGGAGUUAACUGGGAGCAGGCUUCUGGGCUUGCUAAAACAAUGUAAAUGGGUCUGCUCCCGGAACUGAAAAGUGAAGCUUACCUAACUGAGCUUGUAGUGAGGCAGAAGGUGGUUUGCCAGGAGUAGAUUUUUAUUGAUAAAUGUCAAUAAAUGUUGAUUUCACCAUACACACACGAAGCAAUGCAAAAAUAUUUCCAUCAAUAAUAAUCGAAAUUUACAGAG